UCGCUUAUGCUUUUUGGGAACUGAUGCGAUUGUGCUGUACUCUGCACAUUGCAUUACUUUAAGCAAAAUGUCAACUUUGAUUAAAAAAACCUGUGAGAUGUUUUUCUAUUCAUUCAAUUGAAUACUUAGAUCAACGAAGCCAAUAAAAAACUGUCAUAUCUGAAUCAUUUUCACAGAAUAUUACUUUUUGUUUCAUGGCUCAACAUACUGAUAAAGUAUUAUCCUGUAGCUGUAAAGACUAACUUUUCUGCUCUGUAUGUCAGCCGAACCAAAACGUAAAAGGACUGCUAACUCGUUCAAAAAAGAUUGGUUGGAUGAAGCAGUGAUAACGGCAACUCCCACGGCUCAUGAUGAUCAACGUGUAUAUUUACGUGAUGUAUUUGUAUAUGAUGAAAAUGAAGGCAUUAUUACAUGUCUUUAUUGUCAUGAUGCCAUGGUUUCUGGUGAAUUUUCAAAUGGCAAAAAGUGGUACAAUAAUGUAUGGAAGCUUGACUUUUUAAAACGGCAUUUAAAAAGUAAGACCCACCUAUAUGGUGUACAAAAGCUCAGAAACAAGAACCCUUUAUUACCAGCCCAUGGAAUAUUAAAAAUGCUAAGUGAAACCCCAGAGGAACGUAAUCGGAAGCGUGCAUGUAAGGAAGAGAUUGUAAUUCUUAUUGACAACAUUCUAUUGGCAGUAAAGAUGAACAGUUCUUUACUUUCUGUACAAGAUAUCAACGACCACAUGGCUAAGUAUGUUCGAAUACCUGAAAGUUGGCCAAGCAAAAAUUACGCUUUUGAAUUUUUGGAAUCUAUUGAUGUAGUUAUUAGCCAGGAAAUAAUGGAAGAAAUAGCUUCUGCCGAUUUUCACACUCUAACUGUAGAUGAAAGUACAGAUAUAUCCGAAAGCGAAUGUUUGAUUUUAUAUGUUAAAUACAGAGUCUCUUUUGAAUAUAAAACUAGAUUUGGUGGAAUCAUACAACUAAAGUCGUGUGAUGCUUCAUCUAUUGUCACUGCAAUUGAAGAGUUUUACAAAAAAUAUAGACUGGAGCUGGAUAAAAUGGUUAUGUUUACAUCCGAUGGUGCAGCAGUAAUGCUAGGUAGAAGAAAUGGUGUGGCGGCGAAGCUCAAAGAGCGUAUACCACAUUUAGUACAACAACACUGCGUUGCACAUCGGGAAGAUUUGGGCAUAGCUGAUACAUGGAAAGAAGUGAAGCUAUUGCAAGAUAUCGAAACGUUAAUGCGAACUAUUUAUUCCAUGUUUUCUCGUUCUACAAUCAACCGCUGUAAAUUUCAAGAUAUUGCUGCAGCUUGUGAAAACGAAGCGAUUGCUUUUAAACCACUUAAUGAAGUUCGAUGGUUGUCACGUCACUUUGCUCUGCAGGCCAUCAUUAAAAACUAUGAUAGCUUGAUUGCAUAUUUUGAAGAGAUGAAAUCUAAUGACCCAAUUUCUAAAUAUUGUUUUAAAAAAUUAAAAAAUAAUGGAGUUCGUAUAGCUUUGGAAGUUUUAAAUGCGGUUUUUGAGCAACUAGCUGCUUUGUGUAAAAUUUUCCAAAGACAAGGAUUGACACCGAUUGAUGCACAGAAUUUUGCACAUGCAAAAAUAUAUAAACUACGGCAGAAGUAUCUUGGUGACACAACAUUUUGGGGUGAAAGAGUGGAUAAUUUGUUAGCUAGAAUAUCGGAAGAAGAAAUUGCCACUUUUGACUCUGAAGGACUGCUGGAUUUUAUAAGGCUUUUAUGUGAUCAUCUGAUAGAAAGAUUCCCAGAAGGAGAGGUACAAGACUGGGUAGCUUUUGAUUGUGCUGCAUUGAAAUCCCCUUGCUAUACUUUUGGUAUCACCGAAAUUAAAGCUCUGUGUUCUAAAUAUGAGUUUGUUUUGCCAGAACGAAGUAUAAUUAUUGAUCAAUACACAGAUUUUAAAUACGCAAUAGCUGAAAAAAUUAAGGCUGGAGUUGUUAGCACUUUUGCUGAUUUGAUAAACUUUAUGUUUCAGCAUGAACAGUUUAGAGAAUUGGCAAAGCUUGUAGAUAUCGGUGGGACUUUUCUUGCAUCCAGCGUUGAAUGUGAGCGCGGGUUUAGUUUGAUGAAUUCCAUCAAAACCAAGCUAAGGAACAGACUGGGAGAAAGGCAUUUGGACAUGAUAAUGAGGAUCAAGUCUUAUCAGCGAGAUGGAUGUGUUAUAGACAAGGUGAAGGUUUAUGAAGAAUGGGUCAGCAAUAAGGAUAGACGUGAGAAAGUUGGUCAAUGAAAGUAAAGAAAUACUGUAAAACAUAGGUCCUCGACUCUUUAUAGCAUAUUGUCCCCUGACACGAGAUAGAGCUAACGUUUCUUUUUGAAAAACAUU